GAGUGUAAAGCCACGAUGUGCAACAUCCAGGCCUACAUCAACCACCUCAGAGGCCAAAACGAGGCAGCGCUGAAGUGUUUAGAGGAUGCUGAACGUUUCAUCAAGAAACAGUAUCCUGACCAAGUAGAAAUCAGAAGUCUGGUCACCUGGGGAAACUAUGCUUGGGUUUAUUAUCACAUGGGCCAACUCUCAAAAGCACAGGCUUAUCUUGACAAGGUGAGAGGGGUCUGUGAGAAGUUUUCCAGUCCCUAUAGGAUCGAGAGUCCUGAGCUUGACUGUGAGGAAGGAUGGGCCCGAUUAAAGUGCACCCAGAACCAAAAUGAGAGAGUGAAGGUGUGUUUUGAGAAGGCUCUGGAAAAGGACCCGAAUAACCCAGAAUUCACCUCUGGAUGGGCCAUGGCAUGCUACCGUCUGGACUACUGGCCAGCACGGCAGGACUCUAUUGGUUCCUUGAAACAAGCUAUUAGAUUAUCUCCUGACCACCCUUAUCUUAAGGUCCUCAGGGCACUGAAGCUUGAGGGAGUGCCUAAAACCCAAGGACAGAAACUAGUUGAAGAAGCCUUAAGGAAAGCUUCAGGUGCAACAGAUGUGCUGCUCAGUGCAGCCAAGUUUUAUUACAAGACAAAUGACAGGGUCAGAGCUAUGCAGCUGCUUACAAAGGCUUUAGAAUACCUGCCAAACAAUGCCUAUGUGAAUUACUAUAUUGGGUGCUGCUACAGGUCAAAAGUCCUUGAAAUAUUUCAUAGAAGAGAAACUGCAUUUAAUGAGAAUCAAAAGUUUCAGGAACUAACAAAACAGGCGAUUAAAUAUUUAAGGAAAGCAGAGGAGACCAAGGAGAUGCUGAAAAGUUCCUGUAGCUACCUAGCUAGGCUUUAUGCCAUGGCAAACCAGUAUGAAGAAGCCAAUUAUUACUUCCAGAAGGAAUUCAAGAAGGAUCUCAGUCCAGGCCUUAAACAGUUGCUCCACCUACAGUAUGGCAAUUUCCAGUUGUUUCAAAUGAAGUGUGAAGAAAAGGCCAUCCAUCAUUUUAUGGAGGGUGUAAAAAUAAGGCAGAAGACGGAGCCUAAAGGAAAGAUGAUAAACAAACUUCAAGAAAUUGCCCUAAGGCGACUUUCUGAAAAUGAAUUUGAUUCUGAGGCCUUGUACAUCUUGGAGUUUCUUCAGGAGUUGAAUGAAAAAGGCAAGCAAGCUGCUAAAGAAGCUGAGAGGGUGCUGGAUGCUGAGAAGGCUGCUCCUUCAGCAUCUUUGCAUGAGAAUGGGGACGAGUAGGGGUGACAGGGUGCCUGCAGUGCUACUGCUGGCAGGAAACUGAAACCCUUACCAAGUUGCCAUUCAACGUAAUUAACAACUUCGUGAACAGGAACCCUUCUGAAUUGCUGGAUCAGAGAGAGCU